AUCAAUCUGAAAACAUUGAAGGAAGGAAGGGAAGUUCUCCUGACGUUCAAGACGCUGAUAUAAGACAGGAAAAAUCGACUAUGCCUCAUUCAUCAUAGCGCCAGUCAUCUCCUAUUUUUCGGAACAUUUAUUUACCUUUCUGCAAGGUUACUCUUGCACAUUAUCUGCCUUUGGGUAUUGUCGGAGGAUGGUCGCACCGUCGUCUUCACGAUGGAGCAUAUUGCUCGUCGUCGUCUUACUUUGUCUUGCCACUACGUCCUGGGCCUCUUUAGGUGACCGCCUACCCGAGUUCCGCGAGUGCGUCCGGGUAUGUGUCGAAGAAAAUUGUGCUACAGGUCGAGCGAAGCUACCAUUACAUCUUCGGCUUCUGUUCUGGAAUUGUCCGUCAGAAUGCGACUAUACAUGUCAGCAUGUCAUUACCGACCGUCGCGUGGCUAGAGACCCGCCUAUGAUCGAGCCCGUCGUUCAAUACCAUGGAAAAUGGCCGUUUCAUCGUUUCCUAGGCAUUCAAGAGCCUUUUUCGGUUCUGUUCUCGUUGUUGAAUUUGCUGGCUCAUCGCGAGGGGAUGAAGAGGCUGCGAGAGUCUAUUCCGGCAAAGUACCCGCUUAGACCCUAUUAUGUUGGAUUCGGCUACAUUGGACUGGCGAGCUGGACCUUUAGUACAAUCUUCCAUACGCGAGAUUUCAACCUGACCGAAAAGCUCGACUACUUUGCGGCGGGGGCUAGUGUGCUAUAUGGCUUGUACUACAGUCCUAUACGGGUGUUUCGACUCGACGAAAACACUCCGACCAAGCAAAGCAUUUUGAGGUUCUGGACCUUGGUUUGCAGUUUGUUGUAUGUGGCUCAUGUGACUUACCUCACGGCCUGGAGCUGGGAUUAUACGUACAACAUGGCAGCGAAUGUUGCUGUAGGUGUUGUGCACUGUGUUCUUUGGACGUGGUUCAGCAUCUACAGAUAUCGGAAGACUCACCAAACUUGGACGGCGUGGCCUGGCAUGAUUGUGGCGUGGGUUGCAAUGGCCAUGAGUUUGGAAUUGUUCGACUUCCCACCUAUUGGUGGCAUGGUCGACGCACACAGUCUUUGGCAUCUUGGAACGGUCAUCCCUACGAUCUGGUGGUAUAGCUUCCUAAUUCGAGACACUCAAGAAGAUCUGGCCGGUCAACGACUUAAAGCAUGAUCAGAGAUAAGGUAUGGGCCGAUCCUACCGAAGUUCCCAACCAAAAGCAAGUCAGUGGCGGUUACGAGCUGGUUGGAUGAUGGAAGCAAAAUGUACGGGGUAGUGCAACCCCCAG